AUGUCGGGAAUCACCAACGACCCUAUCGUCCGCCACGCCUACGGCUUGGACCGCCGGUGGGACAUCAACGCGGACCGAACACCCGCCGUCCUGCGCACCAACCGUCAACCCAUGCGGGAACCCGCAACCGCCCGAUGGGAUCUGGACAUCAGCGCCGCCGACUUCGCCGAGCUCAAACUGGGCUUCAAACCCAGGCAGAUGGAAGACAAAUGGGCCAUCGCCGCCGCAGAGCCGGACGGCGACGGGGUGACUUGUGUAUACGUUAUGCGGAGCUGGACAAGGGCGGAAUGUUAUAUCCUGCACGUCAAAUCCACGGGGACGGACGGCACUGCCGCCGCCAGAAUCGAGUCAAUCACUUGGGAACAGAAACUCAACGAGUCUGCAACCACCCAACAUACGGAGAGGAGGGCCAAGAUGCUGGCCGCUUAUCUGUGCAGAACUCAUGUGGGAUGCGCGCUGGAGAAGCUGCCUAUAUAUAAUACUGCCACGAUCCGGGGUAGUGACGGUGAUGACGGUUUAACGGCGUCAAACCAAAUAUUAGGGUCUGAUGUGGACUUUCAAUUAGGUUCGUAA